UUUCUUUUUGGCAGACGAAUGUUUCAAAGAAAAUGCUUGUUUUUCCGAGUGUCGUUUCGUUUCUGUUUUAGUCUAAAAAAAUAAUAAUAAUUUCGUGUUGAUUUCUCAAAAAUGCCUUCUUUUUACAGUUUCGUACGGGCAGAGCUUUACAGAGGUUAUCAGUUAGAAAAUGAUGAAGAGCGUUAUGUUGCUCGACGCCAGAAAGUGUAUCUUUUCAUGAAAAUACCUAGGGAGGUCGAGAAGUUCAUGUCGUAUGGUUUCUUUCAGUGCACAGAUGCAUUUCUGUUUCUAUUUACUUUUCUUCCUCUCCGAUUUGUUCUUGCCAUUUGGGGUAUGGUAACCCGACCUAUACUGCAUUUUUUCUGCUUUAGCAAGAUCAAGUACAAGCGAAUCUUACAGCCAUCUGAAAUCGUUGAUGUCUUGAAAGGCACUAUUAUCAUCAUAUGCUGCAUUAUACUAUCCCAUGUCGACAUGGCCAUGAUGUACCACUUAAUCAAAAGCCAAUCAGUCAUAAAGUUAUACAUUUUCUACAACAUGCUUGAGACUGGAGACAGAUUAUUUUCUGUUUUUGGGCAAGAUAUUAUUGAUGCUCUUUUCUGGACAGCAACAGAAAGAAAAGGAAGAAAGCGAGAACACUUGGGUGUUAUCCCCCAUUUUAUUAUGGCUGUUAUUUAUGUCUUGCUGCAUACUGUUUUGGUACUUCUUCAAGCCACCACACUCAAUGUGGCCAUUAACUCAAGCAACAAAGCUCUUCUAACCAUCAUGAUGUCUAAUAAUUUUGUUGAACUAAAAAGCAGUGUCUUCAAGAAAUUUGAUAAGAACAACUUGUUUCAGUUGUCUUGUUCUGACGUCAGAGAGCGAUUUCAUCUUAGUAUUCUUCUUCUUGUCGUAGUAAUUCAAACAAUGCGAGAGUAUAUGUGGAAAGAAGAACGAUUUUGGGUAUUAAUUCCUGAUUGCCUCAUGGUUAUAUUGGCCGAAGUCAUUGUCGACUGGGUGAAACACGCAUUUAUCACGCGCUUCAAUGACAUUCCUUCCAACAUUUAUCAAGAAUUCACACUGAGUCUUGCGUAUGACUUGGCAGCAACAAAGCAGAAACAUGCUUUCACGGAUCACUCUGAUUUAGUUGCUCGAAGAAUGGGUUUCAUACCCCUGCCAUUGGGAGUGUUGGCUAUCCGCAUUGUAAGCCAAGCCAUUCAAAUCAACAACUUCGGUGACUCCUUCGUCCUCUUUUUCGCGUUCCUUUGUCUAGGAUCCUUCAGGAUCCUUUCCAAUAUUGUAACUCUUGGCAAAGCUUGCGACCUCAUUGAUACACAUCAAAAGCAACGCGCUACUACAGCUACUGCCGCUACUGCCACUACAGCCGCAGGAUUGGCAGCUACAGCCAUGUCCUCGACUACCGAAAGUGCAUCCCCAAGAGCAUCUCGAUCUGAGAGAAGAGCAGUUGCCACUGAAGAUCGAGAAUGCCCUCCAAAGAAUGACGUGUUUCCUGAACCACCUGGAUUGUUCGUUCGUUCCAUGAGUAUAGAUGAUUCCCAACUGAGUAAACUUUCCUCGGUUCCCGAUCCAACCGAUGUCGACAUUUCGACAGUGCCUCUCAAAGUUCGAAGUGCUUCUCAUUCCCCUCCCCGCCGAUCCGACAUAGGUCUACACCGCAGAGGUAGCGGAAGAAGGAUGCGCAUAUCUACUCCACCUCAGAUCCCACCACUUAUACCGGAACUCGGCCAACCUAUUUUCUCCAACAGCACUGUUAGCUUGACUAGUAUCUGUCUUAAUGAAGAGAUAUUUGAUGAAGACGAUACUCUUAUAGAAGGCAACUUUAAAUAGAGACCAAUUCAAUAGACUUUGAAAAUUCUUUGCGCCAACGAUAAAGAACGUGAUUUAUGAUAUUUUUAAUAAACUGUGAUAAACAGAAA